CUUUGCGGUUUUUUAAAUGUAGCAUUACAUCACGGUAUGAAACAGGAGGCCAAGUCCAAAGAGUGUGGUAAACAACUAAAUUAAUUUACUUCUCUUUAGUACAUAUGGAAAUAGUGAAAUAUGAAAAUAUAAUAUGAGAUGAUUUGAGUGUUGUCGCCUACAGGAUUCUUAGACAUUUGCCUCGGAUCCCCUGCUUUUUUUGGGGACUAUCACCAUGGCAGCAGCAAAGAUGACCUUACGGCUACGCAAGAAGAGUGCCCUGGACAAGUCCUCUGAGGUUUUGUCUGCCGAGGCGUCUCCAGACUCUAAGUGCCCCAUCUGUCUGGACCGAUUCAACAACAUGGCCUACCUCGAUCUCUGCUUGCACAAGUUCUGCUUCCGCUGCAUCCACGAGUGGUCCAAGAACAAAGCCGAGUGCCCGCUAUGCAAGCAGCCAUUCAACUCUAUCUAUCACAGUAUACAAUCAGAGAAGGACUUCAAGAAGUAUGACCUGCGGCCCACGGAGAACGGUUCCUUUGGGAGUUUCGCAGGGGAACGGUUCCGCUACCGCACCACGCUGACGGGGGCGCGUCGGCAGGACCAGAGAAGAACAUCCCCUCCCCCCGACAACGGGGUCAUGUUCGAGGCCCUAACGGGGGCUUCCCCCCCUCCUCGACAGGACCGAGGCCUCCGCCGCAUGAUGGCGCGCCUGGCGGCCAGGAGGCGGGCAGAAAGCGAGGGCCGGACCGUGCGCAGCCUCCGUGAGCAGGAGAUGAUCAAGUUCAGACGGGCGCUCUACCGGCGAGGGGUGCGAGUGCGGAGCGUGCGAGACGGUGGCCGUUCCCGGGACAUCUCGGCGGAGUUCUUUCAGAAGAACCCGGCCUGCCUGCACCGCCUGUUGCCCUGGCUGAAGAGAGAGCUGGUGGUGCUGUACGGCGCUCACGGCUCCCUGGUCAACAUCGUGCAGCACAUUAUCAUGUCCCGCAUCACCCGCUAUGACAUGGAGGACCGGGCCAUCCACGAGGAGCUGCAGCCCUUCCUCCAGGCCCGCACCGAUCACUUCCUGCAUGAGUUUGUCAACUUCGCCCGAGCACCCUUCAACAUGGAGGCCUACGACCAGCAUGCCGUCUACGACUGCCCUGCGCCGUCCUCGGACGAGGGCAGCAGCUCCAACUCCUCGGUGAUUGCCAUCUCAGAGGAUGAGGAGGAGGGCGAUUCUGUGGAGCUGGACCCCCCGGGGGACCCCAUGUCCGGGGGCGCCCUGAGCCAGUCAACAUGGGACGACGAGACACCCGGACCUUCGUACUCCACAACAGAACCCACCAGGGCCCUGCUGCUAUCCAUCAGAGACUCGGACUCAGAGAGCAGUGUGGGGGAGGAGUGCGGAGCAGUGUUACAGCCAAAGGCCCCUCGCCUGACUGCGGACUCUGCUUGGGUGAAAACCGACAAGGAAGGACAGGCGUGUACCUCCUCUGGCGAUGAGGAUUGCAUCAUCGUGGGCUUUGUAAAACCCCUUGCUGAAAGGACUCCAGAGCUGGUCAAGCUGUCCUCUGACACAGAGGAGUCUGUUCUGGAGGAGAUCAAAGAUGAAGUGCCCAGGCUGCUUCAACACAUCCGCUUCACCAGCCUUAGCCCCGCCUCCUCUCAAGGCCAAUGUCCUGGGAAGGCAGAGGGGGUGGAAAGGAAGCAAGAUGUAUCGUGCUCCAAGGAGAGACGUAACACCUCACCCUCAAUUAGAUGUGAGACAUCAUCCAGUAAGUCAGCAAGCAAAAACAGAGGACAAACUGAGAAAGACGGCAGGAGAUGUCACAGUCGAGAUAGAUCUAGAGAGAGGCCACGGUCGAGAAGCAGAGACCGGGGGAGGAGGUCCAGGAGCGCCGACCGCAGCCGCUCGACCAAGAGCCCGGCUAUCUCCAUCAACAGCGACAGCACUCUGUCCAGAGGCAGGAGGCAGUCACGCUCCCAAAGCCGCGACCGCUCCCACACUAAAUGGGAGAAGACGAGGGACAAUAAAGAUAGCAGCCGAUCAGGCCGCAGCCACGACUCAUCGUCGCACUCCUAUCACUGGCACUACUACAGCCGGGAGAGUGAGAGGGACAGCAGUGCCACGCUCUACACAGAGAGGAGGUCCUACUACUCCAGCUCACACAGGAACAUCGAUUGCAGGUCCCCGAGCCAGAGUCCUGAUUCCCACCGGCGGGAUAAGAGGCGCUCCAGAAGUCGUUCCAGCACCUGUUCGCUGUCCGGCGCUCACAGGAAGUCUCGUCACGAGAAGCCCAGCGGGAAGAGAAAGUACAAAUCGAGACACCUGGAGGAACCUGCCCCCAAAGACCAGUCCUCCAAAGCCCUCGACGAGCCUCCCUCCUCCACCACCUCGUCCUAUGUGAAAGACAAGAAGAAGAGCAAAGAGAAGCGUCACAGGAAGUCCAAGGAGAAGUCUGGGGGGAAGAGGAGCAGGAGCCUCAGCGUGGAGAUCAUCUUUGAGGGCAGCUCCUCGGAGCAAACCAGGAAGCACCAGAAGAAGAAGAAGAAGCACAAGAAGAAGGGCAAGAGGCACAGGAGCAAAGACCGCACAGGGUCCAGGAAACACUCGCCCACUGUCAUUACCAUAGACAGCGACAGUGACCAACAUACUGCCGCAGGCGCUAACGAUGCUAACCACACCUGCCCGGUAAGCAGCAGCACAAGCAACAGCGUGCUAGCGCCUAGCACAACCACCACCACAGGCAACCCUGCAGACUCUGGCCUGCUGGAGUCCAUGUUACAAGACUGGGAACAGCAGAUUCCACCUGUGGGUCUGGACAGUGGAGUGCUGGAGGCCAAGCCUCCUAUAAAUGUUGCUGCUGCUUCUGACACACCCACACAUAGUGAGGGGGUUCUGUCCCAAUCUGCCUCUGCGGAUGAGGCGAACUCUCAUAGCCCUUCAAAUGACAACACAAGUCAUUUUUUGGAAGAAUCAUAAUGCUGGCCUCGGUGGGUAGGAAGACAUUUAAUUUAAAAUUAAAAGUUUAAAAGUUUGUUUUACACCUCACUAUGUAGGAUAUUUUAUAUCUACUGUUCUGCCAAAAGGUGCUCUUUCAUUUGGGAUGUGCCACUUUGCUGUAUGAGGUAAAAAAAAAGGGGGGGGGGGGGUCAAAGAUUGGGUUUUAUUUGUCUUAUUUACAGUGACUGUCUGUAAAGGCCUACAUUUAAAAAGUAUUUGUAUAAAAUACUUCAACUAAUUUCUUAUCAGUCAUUCAUUUCUAUGCAUCAUUCUCAGGGAUAACAUGGGCAAUAAAGCUGAUGUAGCUUGUACCGUUGUGUUGAAACCAAACAACUUUUCUACCUGCUGCUCAUGUAGUCUGAUGGAAACUGCUCUUAAUACUGGCCAAUAAAUCAAUAUGGGAAAGACUGUUGUUGUAACUGUGGAGUUGUAAAUAGUAAUAAAUGUUUCUAAACUGAAAUCAACAGCUGAUAUGACCUCCUGAAUAAGUCAGCAUUGGCCAGUGGCUCGUCGUUGGAGGCCACAUAUGUAAUGGUUACUGCCUGAGUGGGUAUCCUUUCAUGUGGAUGGCAUGAGAGUUCUAGACCCUUACAGAUGCUACUAGGAUUAAGAUGCUAACACUUUACUGAAGCUGAUUCUAGUGUGAUAAAGGAACAUCAACUUGCCAGUGGUGCAAUAACAGAAUUCUUGAAAGUAAUGAGUAUCAUAAUGUCCCCAUUAGAUUAGGCUUCUUAUCUGAGUGGGCACGGUUGCUUUUCAUCUGAGAUUUGAUAGAAAUUAUGCUAAACUGUUGGGACAAGACAACAGUGGCGAUUUUAGCAUGUACAUCUUGGUGGGGCAAACUCAAAAUAUAUGUUUUUAGAUGCAUGCCAGCAAAGACACAACACUAAACAAUACAUUAAUUGCCCUAUAACGGUGACAAGUGUUGCCCACAAACUGUUAAGGCCUACAUAAAGCUGUCCCAACAGCAGAGCUUUCUUUACAGCACAAUGGAGUGAAUCCUUUGGGAUUGUCUGGCAGCGAAACAGAGAAGUGCUUGGCGAGUUCAUGUUCCCAUGGGAUAUCGGUUACUGCUAAGGAGUACUGUCUGCAUUGAUAGCUGUGCUUGCUGUGGACCAUGUUAGGAAAACCUGCACGGAACUGCCAUACUUCGCUGAGGGAAUAUCUAUAAAUAGUGAGUAACCACAACGGUGGGGUGCUUUUUUUGUUGCUCCAACGCGCCCCAACGGGUUAAGUAAGCUUGACAUAAUUUGGACAUGGGUUGUGCAUGAAUCAUUGGGGUUUAUUAUUUUUUAUUUAUUUUGAUGUGGUGCUUUGAAAAUGUAAUAAUACACAUCUUGAACCUUAUGUAUGUUCUCUUGGUGGAGUCAUUUACUGUUUCAAUUUAAUUGAAUGCAUGGCUUUGACACUGCCUGGGUGUCAAUGCAAACCUAUAAUCAUUACAUCUGAAGUUAAUACCCUAGUUGUCAUCACCCUAGAUAGUUUACAAUAGGGAUUCUUAUUGGAGAUGUCCUUCUCACCUAACAUCCGAUGCGGUUGAGAUAUUCUAUGUAAGGUAAUAUCGUGAGAGUCACAUUCGAACCUGGUGAGAGGGUUACAUUUGUUUUUGCUAAAAAUGUGGCUCCCUUCCUUGAAUAACAGGUCGCCACUGCAAGAGUAGACCAGGAAACGAAACCUAAAUAGGUAAGAUUGGCCUGCAGUCAGGAAUUGAAACCUAAGCGCUAGGUUUCCUAAACAUACGGAGUAUUCCUGCAUUUGUCUUGCAGCAGCAGCUCAUUUCAGCAGAGGUGUAUUUAACAGCAGUUUGGUUACUAUGGAUGUUAAUCCUGAUUCCCCAUACUACAUCAACUUGCUUGACAGCAAGACUCAUCCUGAAGAUCACAGAGAAUAUGUGAUGUUUCAUGGCUGCUCAAAAGAGGGCGCAGAGUUGAUUAAAAGGGAAGGUUUCAAACCAUCAAGAGCCGAUAUCAGCAUGCUUGGUGCUGGUGUUUAUGUUAGUCGGGACAUCCGAAAAGCCUGUAAAUACCCUCUUGAUGUUCCUGACUCUGAGAAAAGAGUACUAAAAAUCAGAGUGGAUGUCGGCAGGGUUAAGGUCAUAGACAGGCAGAACCACCCCAUGCAGAAGAUAUGGCACACUGAGUAUGGCUUUGACACUGCCUGGGUUCCUCCUAAUGUUGGCAUGGUGCCGAGCAACCAACAGGAGAACUGUGUCUACGACCCAAAGAGAAUCAAAGUCAUCGAGGUCAUGAAGGUUACCGAAGAGAACUUAUCUCAGUAUGAUCAUCUUCAGAGUGGAGUCACCCCUGAGGACAGCCACGUCUACGUGAUGUACCAUGGAACAUCAAAACAGGCUGCAGUAGAAAUACAGAGAAAUGGCUUCACACCAUCUAGAGUUGGCAUGCUUGGUGCAGGUGUCUACCUCAGUCGAGACAUCCGAAAAGUCAUUAGAUACCCCCUUGGUUCUUCUGACUCAAACAGGAUGGUUCUGAAAGUGAAGGUGAAUGUUGGCAGAGUUAAAGUCAUCAACAAACAGGGUCAUGACAACCAAUACAACUGGCACACUCAUGGUUUUGACACUGCCUGGGUUCCACCUGGUGUUGGCAUGGUACCAAGCAACCAAGAGGAGGACUGUGUCUACGACCCAAAGAGAAUCAAAGUGAUGGCAUUGCUGGAUGUCGCCAACUUAAAAAAGGUAAACCCAUGGUUAAACAUUGUGUAGUGGAACUGAUGAACUCGAACUCUGCAUUCAGUGGGAGCAUCCAGCAUCACCUCAUGGUCAUCAGAAGAGGAUGGUUAGAAUCAGACGGUCCCACAUGAUACAGCUCAUAGGAAGUAGAAGCUGAUGAUUUGACAUGGCAAUCUAUAUGCAAUCAAUCAUUAUAACCUUAUCAUAUCAAAUAUUUUCGAAAUAUAAUCAAUCAUAUUUAGUUGAUGUCAAUAAUACAUGUGUAUCAAUGAUCAUAUGGUUUUUUUUAAAUAAGGUUUUUCUUCCUGAUAUACAUCUCAAAUAAAUAUGUAAAAGUUC